GAGCUCCUGCUUUCUGAUGACUGUGCCAUUAGAGGAAUGCUCCCUCGCUCCCCACCUCUUGUCAUGAAAUUUACGUGCAAUUUCCAAAGGCAUUGACAUCAUCCGGAGAGCAGCCUCGGAAUUAACGCAAAACAAACAACCGGAGGGACGGGUUUCUAUUGCACAUAUUGGCUAUUUUUUUAAAUAGCUACCUUGCUGCGGCUCGGCAGCUGUGGGCAGGGAUCGGAUCAGGCAAGCUAGGUGUGCAUCGGAGGAAUGAAUGGUGCCUUUAUUAUUUUAUUUGUACUGUUUAUUGGAAAUCGAAGGGUUUGGGAUUUUUGUAGAGGAACAAGUGAAAUGACUAAAUGCAAGACGACUGACCGUUGCUGAUUAGCCUCCGCUUUAGUGUUGGGUUCACCUAGGGGUAAGUUGAUUGUUUCAUUUUGGAGACUUAAUUAAAAAAAUUCGAAAGCCUUGAAUGUGAUCCUCCCUGACCUGUUGGUUUUUGAUAUGGGGGGCAAAUCAUUCAAGGUGAAUAUUCUAUUUUUUCCUUGUCCCAUCGUCUCUGAAGAACUGUAAUUCCCCCUCUGACCAACAUGUUACAGUACAUUUUAGUUUAAGAAAACACCGUUUAUUAUUAUUAUUAUUAUUAUUAUUUAUUUAAAAAGAAACACUAUAUAGACUCAAAUAUGGCAAAAAAUUCUCUGGAAGGGUCUAAGGAAGACCUGAGCAAAAUUUCAGAAGAGGAGAUGAUGAGGUGGAGCAAGGAAGAGCUGGUGAAAAGACUGAGGAAAGUAGAAAAUGAAAAAAUGAACUUAAUGGUGGAACAUGGUAAUUUAAUGAAGGAUGUAAACAGGAGGCUGCAGGUUCAUCUGCACGAGAUCAGGGGGCUGAAGGAGGUGAAUCAGAAAUUACAGGACGAUAAUCACGAAUUGAGAGAGCUGUGCUGCUUCUUGGAUGAUGACCGGCAGAAAGGCAAAAAGCUGUCCAGGGAAUGGCAAAGGUUUGGGAGGCACACAGCUAGUGUGAUGUGGAAAGAAGUCGGGAUGUAUCAACAGAAGCUGAAGGAGCUAGAGGCAAAGCAGGAAUCCCUCAUGAGGGAGAACAUGGAGCUGAAGGAGAUAGUCCUCAUGCUAGAUGAAGAGAGAAAUGGAGCUGGCUCUAGGAGCUCUAUAGACAGCCAGGCCAGUUUGACCAAUUUGAAUGGGAGCUCUGGCACCAGGGAUGUGGGAGAUGGAAGCAGCACGUCCAGCACUGGCAGUGCAGGGAGCCCAGAUCAUCAUCAUCAUCACCUCCACCAUCACAAACCUGUCGAAAAUAAGGCUGGAGCAAUAAGGAGGUCAAUGGAUGAUUUGUCUGCACCUCUUCACCACAGGAGUAUCCCCAAUGGUCUCAAUGAUUCAUCUUCCAACUAUAUCAGACAACUUGAAACAAAAGUCAAACUGCUGGAAGAUGACAACAAACUCCUUUCUCAGCUGGCUGACCGCAACAGCUUGCCCAGAAAUUUCAUGAAGCAAUCUAGCUCUGGGGAUUUGAGGACUUUAAGAAAAGGGUUAUCCCCGUACCACUCUGAGUCACAGCUGUCAUCUCUGCCGCAGUAUCAGGAGUCCAUGCAAAAUGGCCCGGCUCGUAUGACUCCUGAUCUUGCUUCCUCGUCUGUGGCAGGAUAUGUCCCUGUGGGUCAGAAACCAGAGGCUGUGGUACAUGCUAUGAAGGUUCUUGAAGUCCAUGAAAAUUUGGACAGGCAAAUGCAAGAUAACUAUGAAGAAGACCUGAGUGAAAAGGAGAAAGCAAUUGUUCGUGAAAUGUGCAAUGUUGUCUGGCGAAAGUUGGGUGAUGCAGCAAGUUCCAAACCAUCCAUCAGGCAACACCUUUCAGGAAACCAGUUCAAGGGUCCAUUGUAGGCACAUCUCUUGAAAAACUAGAAGCAACUCUGUAAAGAAUCAGAGAGAGUGUGUCCUGUUUCUAGCAGCAAGUUGGAUUUUUUUUGUAACUGUCUAUAGUGUAAAUAUGACAGCUAAAGGCUUAGCCUCCAGGUUAUGUUCUGGAUCCAAUGUUAAAUGGGUUAACCAUCCUAUAAUCUCAGACUUGUGUCACUUGUACUGUAGUGCAAACCCGCUUUGUUGUAUGGUCUCUAUGUAGAAUUACCUAACAAGAAAAUUUCUAGGAGGAAAAAUUAAACCCUAACCUGUGGAGAAGUUAUUUUGCAUUGCGCGUGUCUACCUGCUUGUUAAUUGAUUCAUAGCUAGGCUGGUGGCUCUAUGCAGCCUGUUUUGGGAUUCUCCCAAGGAAACAACAACCUGAAGCUAGUAGUUUAUUAGCUGUCCCUUUACUGAGCUACUAAAAUUGCUUGGAGGUCUUCAUUUCUGGAGAAUGAUAUGUAAUUAUUUUCAAGAGCUAUCAUAUAAAAUACUUUGUGGAGUGAUAAAACACUGAAUGCACCUUGAAUGUUGUACCGUAUUGAUCGACGACACAGGUCUAUAGCAGGCAUACUGAAUAUCUUAAGUCUCUGUUUCAGCGGCCAACGAGCUGAUUUUAAUGUAAUAAAUGAUACUCAGAAGAUUUCUGCAGUUAUAAUGUGAAUAUUUUUUAGUCAUUUGGCCACAAUCCAGUAUGAAUAUGGUAACACUUUUCCUGUAAAGCUUUUGCUGUUAAAUACUUAGGCAAGAACAGCUUUCCCACCAGUGUGGCUUAGUUUCUAAAUGAAGUUUCUGCCUUGGAUCGUAGUACAGGCAGGCCCCGAGUUACGCGGAUCCGACAUAUAGGAUCCGCAGUUACAAACGGAGCUUUUCUCGCCCCGGAGGACUGGAGUGGUGGGAGGCCCAGAUGCGC